UUGGUGAAAUCGUUAACCUUGGAGUAUUGUAGGGGGAGUAAGGCCAGAGAAGACUGUAAUGUAUAAUGUAAAUCUGCCUUAAUUCCUUUCUCAGACUUAUCCUUAUCACUACAUCCAAUACCAUUCUUUACUAUAAUCAUAAAAAACAACAAUAAAACUAGGAGUGGUGUCACACACAGACCUAUAUAUAUAGGAUAUACAUUGAUUACAUUUUUGAAAAUCAAUGAAAAAAAUAUAAUCAGUAAUCUAUUCAUUGCAUUGCAACUGACAGAUUAGAAUAAGCCGUUCUGCUAAUUAGUAUGGACGUGACAAGAAGUAUCCAUAAUAAACAAACAGUCAGUGCCAGAUGGCCUUUCUAAAAUAAAUUCUAACCAUACAUAAUUCCACACAAGACAAGUUACUCUUAGCCUCAUGGGAGGCGAUUCUGGUUAUUGCAAUCAGUACCACAUUGAGAAAUGUCAGAGUCUUAAUUUAGGCUGGUAGUGUACAGAGGUGUGCUUCUCAGCCCCCACCCCCUGCUUGCCCCUAGAUGAGGUAGAUACGAGGGAGGUUCAGAACAGUUAGAGAGAGGAAGAGAAUCAGUUUUCAGGGACCUUGAGUAAGUUGAGACCUGACCUGUACAAAGCAUCAUGGGUGGAGCGGUUGUAGACACUGGUGACAGUGGGGUCAAGGCACCUGAUGGAGGAUGGGGUUGGGCUGUCCUCUUCGGCUGCUUCGUCAUUACAGGUUUCUCCUACGCCUUUCCCAAAGCAGUCAGCGUCUUCUUCAAAGAGCUUAUCCGGGAGUUUGGAGUGGGCUACAGUGACACGGCUUGGAUCUCCUCUAUACUUCUUGCAAUGCUUUAUGGCUCAGGGCCUAUAUGCAGCAUCCUGGUGAACCGUUUCGGGUGUCGCCCUGUGAUGAUGGUCGGGGGCCUUUUUGCCUCACUUGGUAUGAUUUUGGCAUCCUUUUCAACCAGCAUCAUCCACAUCUAUCUCAGCACAGGAGUCAUAACCGGUUUGGGUCUUGCUCUGAACUUUCAGCCAUCCCUCAUCAUGCUGAACAGAUAUUUCAGUGAGAAAAGGCCCUUGGCUAAUGGGUUGGCUGCAGCUGGAAGUCCCGUGGCUCUGUGCUGUUUGUCUCCUCUUGGUCAGGUUCUUCAAUAUAAGUAUGGUUGGCGUGGAGGCUUCCUAAUCCUUGGAGGGAUUCUACUGAACUGCUGUGCAUGUGGAGCCCUCAUGAGGCCCUUGAAAGCACCCAAAAAAACAAGCGAGGUGGACGAAAAGGAGAAGAAAUCCAAACCAAAGCCCAAGCUUCUUGACUUCACCGUCUUUAAAGAUUGUGGCUUUUUGAUUUACACGGUGGCUGCGGCCAUUAUGGUGUUAGGUCUUUUUGUGCCUCCUGUGUUUGUGGUAAGCUAUGCCAAGGAACUGGGCAAUGAGGACACCAAGUCUGCCUUGCUGCUCACCAUACUAGGGUUCAUCGAUAUCUUCGCCAGGCCAACAUGCGGUAUCAUCGCUGGGCUCAAGUGGGUUCGGCCACGAUGUGUUUACCUCUUCAGUUUCGCUAUGAUCUUCAAUGGCACCACUGAUCUUAUCGGCUCCAUGGCCAAAGACUAUCCAUCUCUCGUGGUGUUCUGCAUCUUCUUCGGUAUCUCCUAUGGCAUGGUUGGAGCUUUACAGUUUGAAGUGUUGAUGGCCAUUGUGGGGACAGAGAAGUUCUCCAGCGCCAUUGGCUUGGUGCUGUUGGUUGAAGCCAUUGCUGUGUUGGUGGGACCACCUGGAGCAGGUCGUAUUCUGGACGCCACAAAAAAUUACAUGUUCGUCUUCCUGCUGGCUGGGUGUGAGGUGGUCCUCGCGGCCCUUGUGCUCGCCAUUUGUAACAUGCUCUUCAUCAAAAGGAAGCCCCAACAGCCUGACCCUCCAGCCAAGAUGGAGAUGGCCAUUACCGAGACAGAGAUGGAGGAGCUCAACAAAGAGCCAAAGGACAACCAAGACAACGGAGGUGGUGACAACGGGAAGAAGCAAGCCAUCGAACAUGAAGCAAUGGCAAAAUCCGAUGAUAAAAAGGUUGAAGAACCUGAAAGCAUAGGGGUGGACUCGAUAGAGGUGGAGAACACUUCCAAAAAGAUGACUGAACCAAACGGUGUGGUUGUAGAACCUGAAUCCUCUCUGUGAAGAUAGUAGAACAAUAGAUUAUGACAGAGCUUCCCUUGUAGGACUCAUGGACGUGCGUUUGUUGUAGUGUAUGCUUUUUGUAUCGCGCUUCAAGUGUGGUUGCAGAGGACCGCUUUUAGACCUGCUCUGCAGUGCUAAUUAGGCCGACCACUGCCUUGUAUGUCAGCAAAUGUCAGGAUAUGUUCUCAAAAAGUUCUUGUUACUAAAACAGAAUUGAUUUAUACUGUAGCACCAGAUUUUUGGCCAGUAAAUGCUCCACAUCAGAGCAGGUCACCAGCACUAUACUGAAUAUUACCAGCUUGCUUCUUUGUGGCAUUCAGUGUUUGCUAAUGUGGAUUGUAAGUAUCUAUAGUCAUCUACUGUAUCAUUUUAAACUGGUUCUGGGAGAGCACCGGAUUGUAUUUAAGUCCUGUAUUUCAGACAAAUAGAAAUGUAUGACGUGCAAAUGAGGAUCCUAGUUAGUCUUUUUAAAUUGGACACAUUCUUGAGGAAUGUACAGAGUUCAGAGAUGCUUGUAUUUUUGUGAAACGUUUCAAAGUACAUAUUAUUGGAGGACAAAGCUCUGUUACAUAAUUUUUAUAGUGUGUUUGGGUUUAUGCUAUUUUGUUUAUUUUAACUUUCUUGUAUUGAUUCAGUAUUUAUAGUAAAGUGUUGAUGUCAGUUGGCAGCUCCACUUUAUAUUUAUUUGUAUUUUAUUCAUCUAAAUUUCAGUGUUUUCAGAUCAAUUGCAACAAUCAGGAGAGGACCACAGCUGAUACUUGUGAUGUUGCUUAUGUAACAUUUAUUUUUUUUAGUUCAGUCAACAUUGUUUUUGAAAACCAAAUAGUACAACAAGAUUUAUGAAAAUGGUGGUAUGGGUAAAACCCUUCUAAACUUUACCCAGUUUUGUUUUUCACCAGCACUGUGUGAGUAGGGACCCUCUUUUACUAAGUUCUAAAGACACAAGCUGUUUUUGGUUGUGCCUUAAGUCUUGUAGCCGUACAGAAUUUGUGAAUUAUUUUAGAAAUAAAUAUAUGCUUCCCUCUCCACUGGA